CCCAAUUGCUUAUUCUCCUUCGACAAGCCGGCCACCGUCCAUCGCUGCUUCGCUUGCUCCCACCCGAAGCAACGCGAACGCGACGCGCUCCCCUCCCCGCCACCUCGCGGCGGUGAGACCAGGCCUCCGCGACCCUCGCCGGCCGUCCCUGAGCGCCGCCCGCACCGGCAACUCGGUUUCGAGGCUGAUCUCGGCAGAUUGCUCUAGUACAAUGAGCUGGAGAUUUCCUCUUUUUGGCAGCAACUCGCAGCAGCAGCAACCUGAUCCAAAUUUCCAGGACAACCCUACGCAACCUUGGUACCCUCAGUCUGUAGUUGGUUCAUCUUCACAUCCAUCCACACCAAGCUCUUCCAAUGUUGGUCCACAUCAAAGAGCUUCUGAUAAUUCCCAGUCUUCAUCGCGUGCUCAACCAUCUCCAGCUGAGGCUGCAGGGAUAAUUGCUCGGUUAAAGGACAAAAGUGUUGAUGAGUUGCAGAGGCUGUUGAAAGACAAAGAGGCAUAUAAUGCUUUCUUCAAUUCACUCGAUCAAGUUAAAACCCAGAACAACUUACGCGAUGAGCUUAGAAAGGAGACAGUGCAACUUGCAAGAGAAAAUUUGGAAAAAGAGCAACGGAUCUUGGAGCUCAGGAAUCAGUGCACCAUUAUAAGAACUACAGAACUAGCUGCUGCUCAAGAUAGGUUGGCUGAGUUGGAAAGGCAAAAGGAUGAGAUUAUGAGGUCAUAUUCUCCUGCUGCACUGCUCGACAAGCUCCAAAAAUCGAUGGCAAAGUUGGACGAGGAGUCGGAGGAGCUGCACCAGAAGUUCCUGGAGAAGGACAUUGACCUCCCAACCUUUGUUCAGAAGUACAAAAAGCUCCGCGCCGCCUACCACAAGCAGGCGUUGCUCCAUCUCGCCGGCAAGACCUCACUUCGCUGAAAUCCAUCGGCCGUCUGUAGGACGAACACCCUGUUGUAUGAGUUUCCCAUUUCUCCAUCAUUCUAUUCUGUCGUGGUGUCUGUCCACUUGGCUGUUUAUCAGUGCCGCUUAAUAUUGUAGGGCUUGUGAAAACGUCAGGGUUUGAUUGCAUUUGUAGAUAUACGAUUGUAUUCGCAUCAUGGAAUUUUAUGUAUGAUCAUUUGGCUGGUGCCAACGCCAGUGAAGCAUUUUGACCUGUCAGAGACACGGAAACAAAUAUAAAUCUUGUGUUCAAAUCUGAGCACGAACCAGGAUUGUGCCUUGUGCAAAUCUUGUACGUACAAAA